UUCUCGCGGCCAGUCUCGCCUUACUCAAAGACCGGCCCGGCGUGAACGAAGCGAAACCGCGUCUAAACCAGGAAGUCGCUGCUCUCAAGAACUGCGCCUCCGCUCCAGACAGCCCCGGAGGGGGACACCCCCCGCCCCGCUCUCGCCAUCAUCAUCGGCGCCAUCCUUUCAGUUUACUCUUAUGAGUGACUAUACAUUCCACUUUGUGGAGUUGCUUUCCUAGGUAUGCACUCAAAAAGCAUCUUCACAUAGUGAUGGUUGAGAACAUCAAGGAAAAAAUGUAAAAAACAUUGCCAGCAUGACAUUCUGUUUACUGAUAACUUGGAGCAAAUCUCUGAAGCACUAGACUAGCUAAAAUUUGAAACUAGUACUGAAAGUAAAUGGCUGAGCUUCCACCUGGGAUUCGUUUGGUUACAUCAUUUACGAGAGACCAGUGGUACAGGGCUUUCACAUUUGUCCUGACUUUUAUGCUGUAUGCUAGUUUCCACUUAUCAAGGAAACCAAUCAGCAUAGUUAAGGGAGAACUGCAUAAGCACUGCAUUAUUCCAGAAGUUAUUGAGGAUAAAACUGACAAAGAAUAUGCCAUCCAGAGUCAACCAGAUAAAGAGUUAUAUAAUGAGUCUCACUGUGGUUGGGAACCAUUUGAUAAAAGCAACUACAAACAGUUGUUGGGAGCCCUGGACUAUUCAUUCCUAUGUGCUUAUGCAGUCGGAAUGUAUUUGAGUGGGAUAAUAGGGGAGCGCUUGCCUAUCCGAUACUAUCUCACAGGGGGGAUGUUUGCCAGUGGACUCUUCACAGCAAUGUUUGGACUUGGCUAUUUCUAUAACAUACACAGCCUGUGGUUUUACAUCAUAGCUCAGGUGGCUAAUGGAUUUGUACAAACUACUGGCUGGCCCAGUGUGGUUACUUGCAUUGGCAACUGGUUUGGAAAAGGAAGGAGAGGAUUGAUAAUGGGAUUGUGGAACUCCCAUACUUCCAUAGGAAAUAUUUUAGGAUCCCUAAUAGCUGGCUGCUGGGUGUCCACCUGUUGGGGUCUGUCCUUUGUGGUGCCUGGCAUCAUAAUAACUUCAAUGGGUAUAGUCUGCUUCCUGUUCCUUGUUGAACAUCCUAGGGAUGUAAAUUGUUCAAGUACAUCAUCCAUUAAUUAUCAGAGUUACAUGAAUGGGUCAGAUAGAUUCUUCAUUCAGAAACCAAAAUUAAGCACAUCAAAGGAUCCAGAGAUGCAUUGUCUGCUCUCUAACAAUGAGAAUUGCUCAAAACAACCAAAUCAUACUAAUGGAUUAUUUGAAGGACUUGAAAAUGGGAAGUCUGCUAUUAGUUUCAUUGGAGCUUUACGAAUACCUGGAGUUAUAGAAUUCUCUUUCUGCCUGUUAUUUGCCAAACUGGUCAGCUACACUUUUCUCUUUUGGCUUCCACUGUAUAUCACAAAUGUAGAACACCUUGAUGCAAAAAAAGCAGGUGAUCUUUCCACACUCUUUGAUGUUGGAGGAAUAUUUGGUGGAAUUUUGGCAGGUAUAAUAUCAGACCGACUGAAAAAAAGGGCUACAACGUGUGGCAUGAUGCUUUUGAUUGCUGCACCCAUGCUGUAUGUAUUCUCUGCAAUCAGUAAAAUGGGCCCUGAAGCUACCAUAGUCAUGCUGCUCAUCUGUGGAGCUCUUGUAAAUGGCCCAUAUGCCUUGAUCACAACAGCUGUUUCAGCAGAUUUGGGGACCCAUAAAAGUCUUAAGGGAAAUGCGAAAGCACUCUCCACUGUUACAGCCAUCAUUGAUGGGACAGGCUCCGUAGGUGCUGCUCUGGGGCCUUUGUUAGCGGGUCUCCUCUCUCCCUCUGGUUGGAACAAUGUCUUUUAUAUGCUGAUGAUAGCAGAUGCCUGUGCCUUAUUAUUUUUACUCCGCCUUAUACGAAAAGAACUUCAGUGUAGUCUGGACCAAGCCUUGUUUAAAGAACACUGAACUUUUUGCAAGGAGUAAAUUCUUUAUAUGAGAUUUUACAAUAAUCAUUUCAAAGAUUUUGACUGCAAUUAAGAAUGCCUAGUUAUCUUGUUGAGAAGGAGACUGCUCUGCUUAAAAUAAAGCAGGAGGAUGGGGAAUAGAAGAAUUCAUCUUGCAUGUGGUUCUCUGGAUCCCUGUUUUUGUGGAAAUACUAUUCUGCAUUUGAGUUAGUUUUCCUGAAUUGUUCUGAGCAAUUACACGGAGGAGGCUCUCCCCUCCCCCCGCUGCAGUUUUAUUUUGCACAUAUACCAAUACCUCAGGAAGGUGACUGUCCUCAAAAGAAAGGAGCUGCGUGAUAUUUUAUAGUAGAACUGAGCCAAAGAAAAUGUGCCUUGAUACUCUUUUUGUCUUAAGUUGAUGUUAUGCUACAUGGCUGGUUUUAUUGUAUUUUAUUUUAUUUUAUGUUAAUAGGAUGCCAACAAAUCUGAGCAGAAGGCAUUAAGAAGCCUAAUUAUCAUUGCAUGUUUGCAGUGUGCUAAGAAGAAUUAGCAAAAUAUUGAGCAAAGUGUCCUUCAUAUGAUGUCUUAUCUUGCUAGGAAAGAAUGGUGUUAAAUAUGUGCUAUUUUAAGUAGAUUGUUCUCAUUAUUCAGCAUUAACAGGUAAGUUAUCACACCACACAGUCACAAAGAAAAUACUCUGUUUGAAACAGGUUAGAACCAGCAAUGCCAUGUACACAUACUGGUUUUGCUGCUGUGGUCUCCUGCUCCUAAGAGCCAUUCCCAUUGAGUUCUGUGAGUAAGCAACUAGAGAACAGCAUCCUUAAACUAUCUUCUGUUUAGUAAGACAAUAACAUACACCUGCUAGCCUUUGAAUCCCUGGUACUAAUCAAAUGAUGCAGAUUUGGAAAAGGCUCAACAAUCUUAUUUGGGCAUGUAUUGACUUUUAUGGCAGAAUUUAAUUAAUUUUAGGCCAGGAAAAACUUUUGUCCCCGCAAGGCCUGCCAGUUGAAUGUUGGUACCUACCAAAUGAGUCAUCUGUAGAAUAAAAAUUAGCCCCUGCAAUAAGCUACUCCAAGACACUCUAACUAUUCUAGUUGGGGCUUCCUCUCUCAUGUGGUUGAUGAAGAGCUGCUGUCCCAACUUGAAAGUGAAUGGUGAACCUCCUGUUUUUGCGGUGCUCUGUAUUGCAUUGUGGUGUUUAUUUUUUCCUGAAGCCUUCGUAUAGAUUUCAUCCAGUUGACUGAUACUGAUCCCUGUUGUGUGUGUCUGGUCAAGGAAACAAUAGCAUUGCUCAAGGUCUUUCAGCAGCUGAACUUGGAUAUACUCCUAUUUUCAUUGCGAAUAGUUGGAAUAUUUGUAAUUGUACUGGAAUAUCUUCCACAGAGUAAGAGCCUUAAUUUGUACUGAGCUUACAUACAAGAUUAUUCUUUCGCAAAAGGAGAGAGAAACCAUUGUUUUGUCCCACAAAAGCAAGUAUUAACAGUUUCUCACAGUACACUCUACGCUUUCUUCCUCAGCAUAUGCUAAGACUCUGUUUCGAUGCACAGCUUGCUUCGGGACUGCAAAUAUGUAUCACAGAACUGCUUGUUUAUUUUUUUGAAGAGGGACAUACUGUAUUACAAGAGAAGAUUUUAGUUGAAUUCAAUAUGUGUACCAUUGAUGUGUAUUUAUUAAAGUUCAGUAGCUUAUAUUUUUCCUGACAAUUGGUGUUUUAGUCAAAAUAAUUUACACUGUACUUGCACCACCAAGCCCAAGCCUUACUUGAGAAACAAGUUCCAUUACCAGUUAGAGCAGCCACAACUAGCAUAGCUUUCUGCAGAUUUACGGUUUAUAUUCUCAUCUCCCCCUCUACUCAUGGUUAAUUUUGGUUUGUGGCGGUGGUGCUG